AUGAUCACUGGUUAUCCAACGGUGGAUCAUCUCCGCAUGCGGUCUGGCUCGCUGAUGUGGGUGUGCUUCGGCUGCCAGGCGGCGUCACCGGUGAGGAGUGUCCCGGUGACACACCUGCGACCUGGAAGGACGCCCUUGCAGCGCCGACCUCAGCGAUCCCCUGAUGCCGCGGGGUCGAUCACCGGAGCGAUCCUGCAAAACUGCGCCCUCACAACGCUCCCCCCUUGCUCAGUCACCGGAGCGUCCAGGACUACGCCCUACGGGGUCCUGUUGACGCUCUCCUCGCCCGGCCGUGUACAUAUUCCCAGUGACAACCUGAUGAAAACACUCGACCCCAAUCAGCUCACCUUACAAUCGUACCACAACGCCUUAAAAGAUGUGGAUUCUCUGAUCAUUAACCCAGCUGAUUUCCUUCCUGACGAUGAAGCCCAGGAUCACUAUGAAAAAGUUUUCAAAAGUCAGAUUGCCCGGGUAAUGUACAAGUAUGUGGCCCGACCGGCUGACUCAAAGCGGAAACUUCCCAUGGACCCUCCGGAUAUAGAGCUGAUAAGUCAUGAGCAGCCCAAAAUCCACAUGAUGAAGCUCAUGAAUGAGUCUGACAAUUCAGCUGAAGGCAUUGGACAGGUGAUGGAGGCACUCCGCAGACAAAGCCGACUUGAACCUGGUGAAUUCUUUGGCCGAUUCCAGCUUAUUGACGGUGACCUUGGGACUGCUCAGAUCUUCAAUGCUAUCCGAUCCCUCCGAUUCCCAAGCGAACACUGCGAUCACAGUCUCAACAAUGUCUCAUUCACUCUUGGUGCGGCCCAUACAUUGUGGAACAUUGCCCACACGAUCCUUACACAUCACUUUGGGAACUCUAAGGCAAUGGAUGACCUGGGGGUGUGGCGAUACUUACAAGCACUCGGGAUCCCCCCAGAAAAAGUCAUCCAGAAAAAGGAUUUCACUAAGAUGCUCCAGUAUAUGGAACAAGUCCACGAAGCGACCCUAUGGUACUGUCUAAGACAUGUGAUGGGUGAACAUGACUCCACCAUCACAGAGGAUUUGCCGGUGAUUCCGACAUCCAAUUGGAAUGCAAUUGUGAACCAAUGUUACAAUCAAUUCUGCUCACAUGAGGCCCGGCGUGCAGCUCAAUCAAGUCCCAAGCUAUACAAUCUCUUCAUCCGACUGCAAGACUUCUCCACCGUGAUUGAGGCCAACCGAUCAAUGAAACGUGGUGAUAUUGGCCGACUAAUCAAUGUAUGGAAGAUGUGGUCAAUCAUGACCCAAUCACUUCCAGGCCUCACUCAUUACUCGGCCUACCUCCCCAGGCUCAUUCUACUGAUAACCAAGAUCCUCCCUCCUUCAUUGUCUGAGUUGAUUCGGCACAGCAUUCUGGUCUCGCCAAGUGGUAGACCAAAUCACUUUGUGGCCAAAGACUUCCUUUUGGAAACACACAAUUAUUGGCUCAAAUAUUUCUAUGUUCGCGGUGGGAUCGGAACACAAAUUGAAAGGCUACAAGAACUGUUCUCGUCCAACAUUCCAAUUAUAGUGGGGCCAAGCAUGUCCAACAAAGUCAUAAACCAUUGCUCUUGUUACAAGCACUCCAGAGGUUCCACCAGAUGGCCGAAAAAAAUCAGAUUCUUGAUGGAAGGGCUCGGCCGGGGGCACUACAACCCUUAG